ACCGUUAGAUAAAACAACAAGUUAUAUACACGUAUCUCACUGGUCUAUAAUUAAAUCCAUCGCCACCAUAUGUUGUGGAAGCUGAACCGUAGACGUGUACUGACGUACCCAUACGUUAAUUUUUUUAUUGUAUAACAUGGAGUUGCAAAUCUCCCUCUCCUCUCGAGAUAUGGUAUCGUCCAGUAAACCUAGCUGGGCUAACCAGAGAGUCAGGAUUAUCUAGAGAAAGAGUAGGGCUGUUGUUGGGGUGUCAAAUAGCCUUAAAAAACAACAUAACUUGUUCAUAAGAUAAGACCCUGUAAACGUAUCGGUGUUGUUAGUACGUGUUUCACAAGUUUAACCAUGUCAACCCCCGCCAGAAGGAGACUUAUGAGAGAUUUUAAACGGCUACAAGAGGAUCCUCCAGCUGGUGUUAGCGGUGCCCCAUCUGAAAACAACAUCAUGGUGUGGAAUGCAGUCAUAUUUGGGCCUGAAGGAACACCCUUUGAGGAUGGUACAUUUAAACUAAUUGUAGAGUUCACAGAAGAAUACCCCAACAAACCCCCCACAGUACGAUUUGUGUCAAAGAUGUUUCAUCCAAAUGUCUAUGCAGAUGGAAGUAUAUGUCUGGACAUCCUACAGAAUCGUUGGAGUCCCACCUAUGAUGUCUCCUCUAUUCUUACAUCUAUCCAGUCUCUGCUUGAUGAACCAAACCCCAACAGUCCAGCCAACAGUCAGGCAGCCCAGCUCUACCAGGAGAACAAGCGGGAGUACGAGAAGCGUGUGUCCGCCAUCGUAGAACAAAGCUGGAGAGACAGUUGACCUGACAAUCAUGAUAGCUGCUCUCUCCAUUGUAAAGCUGUGUGUGCUGCGAGUUUUAGUGGAGUACCUCUUAAUUUUUGGGCCCCCCAACCUUUUUGAUUUUAAGCUUUUAUGCACUUUACCUUCAACUUCCUUUCAUAGAAUGUUUUUUUUUUCUUACCCGCCAGGAGGGAUUUAUUUUUUCUAUACUAUCCCCCUUUUCCAGUCCAUCAGGGGAACUGUGCUGAAUCUUGCCUUGAUGUUUUGUCAAUAUGGACUUGUGGGCCAUUACCCAAAAAUUCUGGUGUGUUCUAACUUGCUGUAAUAACUCCCCAUGACUAAUUAUGUUAAAUGUCUUGGAGGGUGUAUCAAUGAAGUCAUGGAUCCUCUUCUGUUGUGCCCCUGAUCUGUUCUGUUAAGUUUGUCUGGGCUCCAGUGUGAUCACCCCACCUUUCCUUGGGAGAAUGAGCAGCCUGAGCAUCACGGACUACAACUAAAUCGGACAUCUUUACACCAUGUCUUUUGCUGUGUUGUGAACUCUGUUACAUGCAUGACAGUAAGAGUGUAUUCACGUUCCUGUUCAGUACUCAUGUAUAUAAGAUACCUGCAACUGAAUUUAUGUACAGAUUUUGCACUGGUUGUCUCCCAUGUCAUUUUUUUCAGCACUUGUAAAUAAAAAAAGGCAAAUUCA